AUGAAAGUGAAAUGGACAAAAUUAGGAAUGGUCUUCUUUCUGCUUCUCUCCUUUGUAAUGACGGGCUGUUUCAUUUGGCAGUACAGGCUUCCUAAAGCAAAACCAGAAGUGAAAGAGGAGAAGAUGUGCCCACGUUUCCCUGAGCCUGUGCCAUUGGAGCACCCGAUACCUGUCCUCAUGGAAGCUUUGGACAAGGUGGAUGCUCUUUUGAGGACCAACAUUGACGCCACAAAACUGCCAGCCAUCUCUGCCAUUGUAAUAUUUAAUGAUUCUGUAUUGUGGAAUGGUAACUUUGGCAGAAGGAAUGGAAGUGACCCCACAUCUCCCCCAAUAAAUGAGUAUACAAUUUACAGAAUUGCAAGCCUGUCUAAAAUCUUCCCCACCUUGAUGCUGUACAAACUUUGGGAGGAUGGAAAAGUGGGUUCCUUGGAUGACCCUCUGGGGAAGUAUGUUAACUUCACCAUAAAAAACCCUCUAGGGAAAAGAAGGGAUCAUGACCUCAAGUCCACCUCUGACGGCACGAGCAGUAGAGAGGCUCAAGUCCACAUCUCCUCAGUUACCCUGAGACGGAUGGCCAGUCAGCUGUCAGGUUUACCCAGGCGGCUCCGGGCAACUACUUUACUGUGGAAAGGCAACACUCAGGCUGCUGUAGAUUUAUUACAAGAUGAUGUUCUCGUGGCUGACCCUGGAACAAAAUGCCACUACAGCAACCUGGCCUUCUCCCUGCUGGCCCACGUGAUGGCGGAGAAGGUAGCAGGGAUGGAUUAUCAGCGAUGGGUGUCUGAAAAUAUCCUGCAGCCGCUAGGAAUGGAGGACACUGGAUUCGAAAUCACCUCUCAAAUAGAGAACCGGAUGGCGAUAGGUGUUUACUCAAGCGGGCGUCCCGCACCCCUCUAUGACCUUGGCUGGUAUAGACCAUCAGGGCAAAUGUACUCCACACCUGCAGACAUGGCCAAACUGGUGAUGAUGCUCCUGGGCGCAUACUACCGCUCAGUUCUCCAACCCGACACCCUAAAAACCAUGCUAACUCCUCUGUUUCGCUGUGAAAAUAGCUACUUUGCUGAACAAACUGGCACACCGUGGGAGGUCAAUGAACAGUUGGGCUAUGACGUAAUCCGCAAAGAUGGAGAUCUAGAUGGUUAUUCGGCCUCAAUCUCCCUCGUUCCUCGCUUGAACCUGGGGUUGGUCAUCCUAAUGGCUGGAACCAAACCUGAAGAUGAGGAUCUGGUGGCUAAAGUCUACAGUUCACUCAUCCCUGCCAUGGAAAGUGCCUUCAGAAAUGCACCUCGUGUUCUCAUUCCUACUCCAGACCCUGUUCCCUACAUAGGUUACUUUACUUAUAGCAACAUAACGUUCUAUGAGAUCAAAGCAGAUUCAGAUGGAGUGCUGUCUCUGGAGCAGUUUGGACCUCAAGUAGACACAAUGGUUCCCAUGAAGUACAGAAGUUUGAAACUCAGUUAUCUGCAGGAUAGGGUGUUCAGGGUGGUGUUUGAGAAGGAGUACCCAUGUCAGCUCAAAGUUAACGCUGCUUCGGUGUCUCUUGCAUCUCAGGAUGGGCAGCUUUUUAACUUUUACAUCUUUAACAAAAAGGGGCUCUCACCAGGUUUUGAUGUCCCAGGGUUAAACACUUAUAAAGUCACACGAAUACCUCGCAAACCGAUUUUUUAA